AUGGGUAAUACUAUUGCUCCGAGGAUUGAAAACGCCGAGAAAACUGGUGUGUUACAAGUCAGUAGCUUAAAAUUAAAAAAGGUUCCUGAACAAGUAAAACACCUUCGUAAUCUUCGGAGUUUAGAUCUCUCAAAUAAUAAAAUUGAAAACAUCGACCCAUGGAUUUCUGUGUUAAAAAAUCUUAAGGUUCUAAACGUUGAAAACAACAAAUUGAAAUGUUUUCCAGCAGAAUUAUAUCUAUUAACAAAAUUAGAAUCCAUAAAUGGAAAUAGUAAUUUCUUAAUGAAUUUUAUUACACCUGGAGCAAUUGUCAAUUUAAAUGAAUUAUCAUGUUUACGUACUGUAAAUUUAAGUAAUAAUUAUUUAACUGAAUUUCCUGUGGAAUUAUGCUUAAAAGCAAUACCUAUCAAUAUGAUUGAUUUGUCAAAUAAUCAAAUAAGUAUUAUACCAAAUGCUAUUGCUUCAUUACAGGCCAUUGAAAUUAAUUUGAAUUCAAAUAAAAUAUCAAUUAUAUCUAAUAGUAUAGCACAAUGUGAACGUUUGAAAGUUUUACGCUUAGAGAAUAAUUGUUUACGAUUAGAAAAUUUCCCAAUUGAAUUAUUAACAAAUUCACAAGUUUCAUUAAUAUGUGUCGAUGGGAAUUCAUUCAAUAUGAAAGAUUUUUACAAUUUACCUGGUUACUCAAAAUAUAUGGAACGUUUUACAGCAAUGAAGAAAAAAGCCGCUUAA